GCACUUGCUAACUUUAAAAAAUAAACACGGUUGGCCCAGACCGCAUACCUGAAGAUGAGAUUGGUCGUGUUACUUGGUCUCUUAAUAUUUUAUGUCUUUGUUUAUUCUGAAGCGAGACGGAUUAAACCACUUAAACAUGAGCAAGAAAUCGUAAAAGAUGACCAACUCGAUGCUGCUAGUGAGCACAAAAAAGAAGAGCAUGCACCAAAACAUGAAGAGUUCAAGAGAGGAGGGGGCAAAGAUCACCACGCGGAGCACCAUGAUGACCACAAAGAGGAAGGACAUAAAGGAUAUAAGGGACAUCACCACCAUGAAGAAGGCAAGAAAGGCCAUCACGAUAAGGAACAUCACAAGGGCGAGUACGAUGACCACGGUGCUACUGAAAAGAAACAUCACCACGACGAUGGACAUUACGAUGAGCAUCACAAGGGAGAAAAGGGUGAAAAGGGGCACAAAUAUGAAGAAAAAGGGCAUUAUAAUAAGGGCCACUCAACCAAGGGUCAUCAUGAAAUUCAUAAACUUGAUGAAUUCAAGAAAGACAAGCAUUUCUUCCACGAGGACGGAGAUUCUGGCCAUGAAGAAAAGCAUGGUGGUUUUCAUGAAGAACAUGGGCAUAAGAAAGGAGGUAAAUUUCACAAGGGACACCACCACGGUGAUCAUCAUGAACAUGAGCAUGGUGAGAAAGGACACCACGAGAAAGGAGGACACCAUCAUGAACAUAAAGGACAUAAGGAAUCUAGUGGUCAUGAUGAACAUCACCACCAUCACGAUGACCAUGCCAAGAAAGGUGGGCACGAGCAUCACAAGAAGUGGGGCUUCAAGAAAGGACAUUAAUCUCAACGAGAAAAACACUAUAGGCGAAUCGAUUAACGAAUUUUUAUUUAUAGUAUUGGUUAUUACCAACGUCUGGUCUCCUAUUUAUUUAUUGAGAUGCAGUCUCAGUUUAGUGAAUUAGAAAUGUAUUAAUAAUUAAAAUUUUGUAAGUAUUUUAUUAAAUUAUUAUACAAAAGGAA